CGGAAACUGUGCCAAGAACAGUCGCUCCAAACCACCGUGGCAUACACCUACGAACGCACACAACUUUCUUUGGAUUACGUUCCUCCAAUGACUCGCGAAUUGUGUUGCGUAAUUGUGGAUAUUACACCCCUCCAGAAACUGGAAAUGUAAAACUACACGAUAAGGACUAGAGCUUGGACUUCUCAGCGAAUUGUUUUGAGGAGUUGCUGGGGUUCUGUCGUGAAUUGCGAUUCCCGCGAAUUGAAAAGUCCGCGCUAAAAACUCACCGCGCAAGGAUUCAAAAAUUGGCGCGCACCAACGCCCGUGCGCGAGUGUGCACGAGUGUGCGCGACUAGCGCCGAGACUUGCCGACCGCUUCCCAUUCGGUUCUCCGGAGUGACCCGACGUCUCUGGCCUCCCAUUGGUGGACAUGAUAAAUAUUCGUAAAGUGGCGCCACAACGGGCAAUUCCGACAAAAAAAAAACCCGAACGAAUGGCGGCUGAAAUGCCAGUGAUGCCCAACGACAUUACAAAUAUAACAAAUCCACUCAAUAUAGAGUCGAAAGGCACGCGAUUAUAGUCCGAAUAGAGGAGGUCAAAAGCAUUUUUUCCCGUGACACAUGAAAGUGAAGUGAUCGUAAACGAUAAUGCAAGGUAUACGUCCCCAAAAGGACAGAAAUAAUCGAGUAAUUGUUUGAUCCAUGCAAAAGUACCUCACAGUGAUUUACAAUUACUCCAACAGCAUCUAUUCUCCCAUCCACUCCAGAGAGUAAUAUUAAAAAAAAAAAGAAAACCAGAAAUUCAAAGUGAAAACACACGCCUGAAGUGUUUGAUAUCAAUGCAGUGUGAAAUAUUGUGCCGGUGAUAGUCAAUUCCGUCAGGCAUUUUUUAAUAAAUAACGUAACACCCCAGGAAGUGGAGCAACAAGUGUUGUUUUUUAUAUAUAAAAGAAGCGGAUUAAUAAUCGAGAUGUUGAAAUUCAUCCGGGGAAAGAGCCAGCAACCCACAGCCGAGAGGCAGAAGCUCCUGAAGGAUUUAUUCGCCUUCAGAAAGACUGUUCAGCAUGGAUUCCCCAACAAACCGACGGCUCUGGCGUGGGAUGCCAGUCUCCGGCUCAUGAUCAUCGGCACUGCCUCUGGUGCCAUCAAAGUUUUUGGACGGCCUGGCGUUGAAUUUUACGGUCAACACUCAACUGAGAGCGGUGAGAAUGCUGUUACCAGAAUCAUUGCACUACCGAACGAGGGACGUCUCGUGUCGUUGUGCGAUGAUAAUUCCCUCCACUUGUGGGAAAUUAACGAGAAUUCAGUGGUGGAGACCAAGUCAUUGUCACUUGAGGGUAAAUUGAAGAAAAUAUCAGCAAUGUGUCUGGAAUCAACUGGAGAGCAUCUGCUACUGGGUACAGAAGGGGGAAAUAUUUACUUGCUGAACUUGAAGAGCUUCGAGAUGUCUGAUAAUAUCAUCUAUCAGGAUGUCGUCAUGCAGAAUGUUCCUGAGGACUACAAGAAGAAUCCUGGAGCAGUUGAGGCGAUAUCAGAACAGCCUGGACAUCCUGACAGCAUUCUCAUUGGUUACAAUCGUGGUCUAAUGGUCCUCUGGAAUAAAGCAACACCUGGUGCUCAACAGUUGAUGGGUUUGUUUUCCCGUGCCCAGACAUUUGUUUCUACACAACAAUUGGAAUCGGUUCACUGGAUAUCCGAGGAUAGAUUUGUAUCGUCGCACAAUGAUGGCUCUUAUAUGUUUUGGAGUCCUGGUAAUGACGCAACACCUGAGCCAACAACUGUUUAUGGACCAUUUCCGUGCAAGGCUAUAUCGAAAAUAUUUGUUUACGGUUUGCCCGAUGACGACGAGAUGAUCCUCUUUUCCGGUGGUAUGCCACGUUCAAGCUACGGCGAUCGUCACACAAUAACAGCAAUGACAAAAUCAAAGCACGUGGUGUUCGAUUUGACAUCAAAAGUGAUAGAUUUCUUCGUGGUGACGUCUAAACCCCACGUGGAGCUCGACACAACAGACGAUGAUAAAGAGCCCCUGAAGCACGUGCCAGGGCCAGAAGCCCUGAUAAUCCUAGCUGAGGAGGAAAUAGUGGCGAUUGACCUAACAGAUCCCGACUGGAAGAUGAUGGCACUUCCCUACCUGGUGUCUCUCCACGCGAGUGCUGUCACAUGCUCUCAACACGUGCCCAACGUACCCGAAGAUCUCUGGAGUUCAAUCGUAACAUCAGGAAAAAUUCAAACAGAGCACCUGUACUCGAACAAGGAUUGGCCAAUUGAUGGUGGAGUUCUUCUCUGUCAGAAGGGCAAUAAGAAAUUAACGGAGAACCGAAGAGAUUUCUUGCUGACAGGUCACGAGGAUGGGACCAUUCGCUUCUGGGAUGCCUCAGGUGUUACCCUGACACCUCUCUACAAGUACAGUUCAUCUCUACUGUUCACUGGUGAACAUCUGGAUGCCCUCGAGCAGUCGCCGGACGAGGACGAGGAGGAGUGGCCACCAUUUCGAAAAAUUGGUACAUUUGAUCCGUAUUCCGAUGAUCCACGUCUAGCUGUCAAGAAGAUUCUCCUCUGUCCCCUGUCAUCGACAUUGAUUGUAGCUGGCACUGCUGGUCACAUUAUUGUUGCUAAAAUCGUCUCUGAGGUUAUCCAGAAGCAGAUGAAAGCUGUCACCAUGAAUAUCGUUAAUGAUCGAGAUGGAUUUGCUUGGAAGGGGCACGACAGUCUACCAGUGAGAACAGCUGAGAUCUCAUUCUCCACUGGUUUUCAGCCUCAGAAUCUAGUGCAACUUUAUCCACCAGCAGCUGUUACAGCCUUGACAAUUCACAGUGAAUGGGGACUGAUGGCAGCUGGUACAGCUCAUGGUCUAGCUGUUUUUGAUUACAUCAGGAAUAAAUCGGUGAGUGUUAAAUGCACGUUAAAUCCAAAUGAUCUGUCAGGAUCAGGGGACACACCAAUAUCGAGACGUAAGUCCUUUAAAAAAUCCUUGAGGGAGUCAUUCAGAAGAUUGAGAAAGGGAAGAUCUCAGCGCAGAGCAACGACAGCCAGUCCAUCAGGUAAUCCUCUACCGGAGAAGAAAAAACCCGAGCCUCCGUCACCUGGAGGAAUCGGUGGUGAAGGAGCAGUUGAUAUCCGACCCGUGGAGAGACAGAUCGAGGCUCGUCCUGCUGAUGAUUCCCUCGGAUCAAUGGUGAGGAGUCUCUACUUCGCCAGGAGCUUCAUCGUCAGCAUGCAGAAUACAACCCCAACACUCUGGGCUGGAACCAACAAUGGAACUGUUUAUGUAUUUACACUGGCCAUUCCAGCUGGUGUCAGACGAACUGAAGAGGACGUCAAUUGCACUCUUGGAAAAGAAAUACAACUGAAACAUCGGGCUCCAGUGAUUGCCAUUACCAUUCUCGAUGGCUCGAGUGUACCUCUCCCAGAGCCAUUUGAAGCUGAAAAAGGGGUGACACCUGGACCUGACAUGACUGCACCCCAUCGUGUUGUUAUAGCAAGUGAAGAGCAGUUCAAGAUAUUCAAUCUGCCAUCGUUGAAGCCAUUCUGCAAGUACAAACUCACUGCCCAUGAGGGAUCGCGUGUACGUAAAACAGGUUUUGCUAAAUUUACGUGCCCCGUUGAGCCAGCUGGCAUUCACGAGGAAACAUGUUUACUCUGUUUGACUAAUCUUGGUGAUUGCUUGAUACUGAGUAUACCUGAAUUGAGAAGACAGCUCAAUGCUGCUGCUAUUAAACGCGAGGACAUCAAUGGUAUAUCAUCAUUAACUUUUACCAGAGGUGGUGAAGCUCUCUAUCUUCACUCUAGCUCGGAGCUGGAACGCAUUUCACUGUCUGUUAAUAAUGUUACGAAAGCGCAUUGUGCCUUAAAUUUGCCUCCCAAUGCGAGAUCAACUCCAGAGACAACUGUCACCUCUGUGCAAUCCAUUAAAGAGGGUGAGGGUGAGGGCGAGCAAGAGGGGAUCGUCGAAGGGGCUGGGGAAAAGGAGAUUGAGACACCUGGGGCUGCCAGGGGCAUCACCGAAAAUGGCAUCGUUGGAUCCACUGGUGAUAAUGACUCUAAAGAGCCAUCAUUGAGGCCAGCAGCGAGUACCAAUGAUAUCAACGGAGAUGAGGAUCGACAGGAUAUUAAUUCCAUCGGUGAUAUCACUAUCGACAGCGUUAAGGAUCAUCUCCUUAACAGUUCACUUUUCAGGAAUGCAACGAGCUCGGAGGAUCUUCAUAAUAGACUAGCUGGUCUCAAGAUGGAAGUUACGUCUCGCACUUCGGAGAUAUCUACUCAGAAUCAAUCCGUAGUUGUUAAAACUACAACUGUGAUAUCACAGACUUCGAGUAAUGGCACCACUAAUGGUGAAGUUGAAACCAAUCAGAGUAGUGAAUCCCAAGAAGUUAAUAGCACGACAGUAGAACGAGAGAUUCGCAGUGGUACCGAGACAACAACAACGCAUGCAACAAUUACACUACCGCCCAAUGUCGAGAUUAGCGCUGCGGAUUUAGCCAACUUAGAGGUCCAAACGAUAACAGUGACAACGGAAAAAUCCAAGUCAUCGAUGCCGAGAUCCGAGGAAAUAAGCUCUCAGAAUUAAUAAUUCAAUCACAGACUGCAUAUUUCCACCCAACUAUCCGCAUAUGUUUUAAUAUUUUUAUUAUUUUAUCGAUAAUUCCAAUUCCCCUACAAGUAAUCACAAGUUAUUACAGUUGCGGAGGCGAUAGAUAGAAUUUAUACCUAUGCCGAAUAAAUUUUAUAUCGAGACGAGAGAAUAAAAAAAAAA